AAGCCCCGCCCUCUCCUCCCUCCCCAUCACUCUCCCGACUGAUGCUGAAGGCGAGCGUCACUCCAGCUUCGCUGCAGACAUGGCGACGACGUUGACAGCGGUCCAGCCGCUCAGCCUGGACAGAGAUGUUGCUAGAGCCAUUGAACUGCUGGAGAAGCUACAGGAAUCUGGAGAUGUACCAGGACACAAGCUACAGUCUCUUAAAAAAGUACUGCAGAGUGAGUUUUGCACAGCUAUCAGAGAGGUAUACCAAUAUAUGCAUGAAACCAUAAGUGGUAAUGGCUGCCCAGAAUUCCGUGCCAGGGCUACUGCAAAGGCAACAGUUGCUGCCUUUGCAGCAAGUGAAGGCCAUUCACACCCUCGAGUGGUAGAACUGCCAAAGACUGAUGAAGGCCUUGGUUUUAAUGUGAUGGGGGGAAAAGAACAAAAUUCUCCUAUUUAUAUUUCUCGCAUAAUUCCUGGAGGAGUAGCAGAAAAACAUGGAGGACUCAAACGUGGAGACCAGCUGCUUUCUGUUAAUGGAGUGAGUGUGGAAGGAGAACACCAUGAAAAGGCUGUGGAGCUUCUGAAGGCAGCUAAGGACAACGUCAAGCUGGUGGUGCGCUACACCCCCAAAGUGUUAGAAGAAAUGGAGGCUCGCUUUGAAAAACUGAGGACAGCCCGACGCAGACAACAGCAACAGUUGCUAAUUCAGCAGCAACAGCAGCAAAAUGCACAGCAAAACCAUAUGUCGUAGGUUGUUCUCUAGAAAGAAAUUCUAAAAAUCGAGAAUUCAGCAACUUCACAGCAAAGCUGUGCUUCGUAUUCCAACAGAGAGAGUGAAGCAGCAGCACUGACAAUGCAACAAUUGUCUUCACCAGCAAACUGUGAAUUACUGCCAUAAGAAUUGACAAGCCACCACCACAACAGACUCUCUCUAGGAGGCUUUUCAGUAUACUGAAAUCUUAGGAUGAAAAACAGUUGGUUAAUUAUGCUCAUAUUGUAUGGUAAGAUUUUUUUGAAAUUUAAAAAAUUGUUUUGAAAAAGAAAAAAAUAGUGACUUAGUAUUUACAGCUUCUGAAUAAAUGACUGUAUGUAUGGUCCAGUCCUGUAUUUCUGGUAAUAAUACUUCAAUGGGACUUUAUGAGACAGAUACAAGACAGGUCGGUGCAAAGAAGACUGUCCAGAGUUUGUCCCUCCUCUCCCCCCUCUACACACCGCAUUACAGCUCUACAUAUGCUUCAGAAGGGGGGUGUAUGUAUUAAUUGCAUCAGAAUGUAGACAGGAUAUGCAUUCACUUGUGCAUCCUUCAACACAAUGCGGAUCAAUAGCAUCUCUGUAAUUCCGGAUUCCGCUAGUAAUACAUAUGUGGAUGUCUUCUUUUUCAUGCAGAUCUUCUGACACUAACUGGAUUAAGGCCUGUGUGUGUAUAUGAUGGACAAAAUAAAGCAAAAUAGAAUAUUUAAAUGUUGCCACUCUAAAGUCCCUCAUACAUCAUACAUAGCCCCUUCACACCUCAUUGUUGUAGAGCUGUAUUAAUCUGACAUUCCAUUUAUAAUAGUUCUCCCAUUUUUACCUUGAAAGUUCUUAAUAUAUUUAUAAAGCAUUCCAUUUGUAGAAGCAUUUAGCUUUUUACUCUUGGUGUAUCCCAAUUGUCUAUUUAUCAGGUUGGGUUCUAUCUUUUGUUAGUAGUAAGAUUAUAAGGACUCUAGAACUGUAUUUUUAAAUAUAGAUAUUGCUAGUAUAUCUACUAUAGCGAUUAUCCAGAAAUCUAUAACUGAGUAUAUGAUAUAUUUAUAAGAUAUAAAUAUAUAUAUAUAAAUAAAUAUUGUCAGAAUGUACUUGUUCCAGAAGUAGGAUCUAUGCUUACUAUAUUGCAAAUGUUGUUGAGAUAAUGUUAAUGACAGAAAACUUUGAGGAGCAGGCUAGAAAUAAUUAAGUAUCUCAGUAUUUCUCUAUUUUUCAAAUAUAUUCUUUAUUUCAUUGUGUUAUUUUUCUAGACUGAAUGCACCAAGUCUCUUAAUCCCACUUUGUUUUCAAAGGAGAGGCAGGCCUCCCUAAGAAACCACAUCUGAUUGAUUGGCAGUGUUAGUUUUCCUGAAACUUUACAACUAAGGUCUGAUUUACACCAUCAGAAAAGGAAGGCAGUUACCCUUCCAUCAGCCCUUGACAGACCUUUAGUAGGGUGUCCCCCACUCUGCUCCAAGAAAUAUUGUGUAGUUAAUUUUAAUUGUAAUUUGUAGUUGAUUUCUGCAAACAAUUUAGAAGGCAGUGUUGGCUGGAAAGUUAAAUAAAAAUAUUAACUAAUUAGAAGUCCUGAAUUAGUAAACUGGACUGCAGACACAUGUUUCAGUGUUUCUCAAUGACUCCCUAGAAACAGAAAAGUAGCAAAACAAUUGCUUGUUGUAGUAGGGUUUUUUUAAAUCCUGCAGGGCAUUUUUAUAUGUGAAAGCAUUAAAAAUGACACCUGUUAAGUAUAGUUACACUCAACUCAAUUACAACAAGAUUCUGCUGCCUAAUUCUGCUGUGCUGAAUUCUGUGGCCAUGAGUAGUUAAGGAAGGGCUAUUACAUUAUUCUGUCUUUUAUACAAAUCAGUCCAGAUUUCUGAAACCUAACUAGUGGCAGCUGUCCUAAGUCUCAGCACUGAUACCCAAUAUUCUCCAACUAUAAAUUCCAUGAAUUUAACAUGGGACUUUUAUACAAAACAAAUGCUGUACCACUGAGACCAAGAACUAUAGAAGGAUGUAUCAAUACUGACUGUCAUCAAGAGAAUAUGUAUGCUGCCAUCUAAACCGCUUUAAUUUAAUGGGGUUGGAUCCAACCAGAUUUUCUAUACUUUAAAAAGGAAGGAAAAGUCCCAAAAGACCAUGCCAAGGAUCAUAAGACCUACAUCACCAAAAGUAAUGUGGGCUGGAGGCUAUAGUUAGAAGAGAAUUAGUCUAGAUUGAAUGAAAAAUCUGGCUGGAUCUAAUUCAAGAUUUGUAAAUUCAAAAUAAAUCAAAUAGAAAGACCAGUUCAAAUUUACAUGCCCAUUGUUUCAGAACUCUUUUAUAUUAACAUUCAUAUUGAAUUUCAGAAAUCUUUUCUGAAAAUGUUUCACAGAAUCUUGAUGGCUAUCUAAUAUCUGCUUGAUCUACUUUUGUAAUUUUGAUCCAGAAUUCAGCAGGACUCACAUGUGGGGCUUCUCUGUCAAAGGAAGGCAGGCAAAGAUUUGUGUAUGCAUUUUUUUGUUAUAAAUAGUUUGUAAAAGCUCUAUUUAGAGUCAAGUAAUGCCCACAGCCCUUCAUUCAUAAGACAUAAUAUUUUGGGCCAUGGCUUUAUGAAAAUUAGAGGGGAAAACAUAAUUGCAUGGAAUUGUAUUAUAGAAUUGCUUCACAGUGUCUGAAACUAAAACAAUGAAGCUGUAACCCUGUGUUAUCCAACUGAAAGUAUGGAUUUCUAUGCUUUGGUAUUAGGUUUUAGUUUACUAUACUUACCAACUGUGAUGUGUCUAAUGAAAUAUCUAACUUUUACAUGAUAUUGUUUAAGGGUCUAUUAAGUAUUGAGUAUGUAAUACUGUUGUUAAUUUCCCUACAGUCUGUAUUAUGUUAUAACCAUGCAACCUCAAUUAUAGCAAUUUCCCUAUAAAAAGUUUUAAUAUAUUUAGCAUAAUGUGAUAACAUUUUUUGCAUUUCAGAUUACCAAAAUACAUCAGAAAAUUAAAAUGUCAAUAAAAUGGACAUUGCACAAAGUAGAUGGCAUAAGAAAAAUGUAACAUGUUUAAAUAUGGAGUAUUGGCAAUAUUAUUUCGAUUGUGUAAUUUAAUAAAUUUUAAACAUAUAA